CAAAUUGACAACACGUUAAAGAAUUCGUAUUUUUUUUAAAUUCCCUUGGUAGAAAGUCGGAGGUUGUUCUGUUUAAGUAGUUUAAUACUAACUACUAACUAUACUAACUAUACUUAGACCAUACUACUAUAUUUAGAACUUCCUCUAGAUCUCUGCCUCUUAAAUAAUGAUAUUAGUAAUUAGUUACUAAAUUGUUACAGUGCAGUAUUUGCUGUUUUAAGUUACACUACUAGUAAUAACUAUGAGCCUACACUACACUACUAAUCUGAAUACUGACAAGUUUUGAAUGGAUUACUAUUUCAAUGUCAAUUCAAUAGAGAUAUUAUUAUUGAGUGGAAAGUCUAAGUCUUUGUCUAAGGUAGGUACUUCGUUGAGUUCUGAGAAAUGCCCAAAACCAGAUAUCGUGAUUUCGUUGUCAAAAUGGCGACCUCCACUUUUUAAUUUACUGAGGGUCACAUUGUUUACGACUUUUUAACUAUUUAUAGCCCAGCAUGUAAAUUCUAUUUCCGCCCACAACUUAGAGUAGACAUGUUGUUUUAUGAUUAGAUUCUUUAGUCCCCCAAAAAAUUUUGGGGCUUCACUUUGAAAAUUGAAGGUAAAAUAAUGCUAAUUUAACUCAUUUAUAAUUUUUUUUGUGGAAAGCUUAUAUUGCUUCAUUGUAAUGUACUUAAUAGAUGAUGGCAUUAAUUACAACAUAUCCAAGGUGUGAAGGUUAGGCCCAGCAGUUUGGUCAUAAAUUUACUCAGAAAUUUUAAUCUAGUGUGACCCAAAAUUACCUAUUAUCGUUAAUAUUCAUUGCUAUGGUAAAUAACCUGAUUUACACUGGAAAUCCAGCCUAUUAUCCCAUAAUAUCUCAUUUAAAAAUAAAAUAUAAUUAAUUAAUAACACAAAUACAUAUUUUUAAUAUGAUUUGAUGCUUUUAUUGAGGGACAAUACAUUAUUUUUUUGUCAUAUUCACACAUUCAUAUGCAUAAAUGGCCCAUAUUAUGGGACUAAAAUACAUUAUAUAGAAAAUGGUAAAAUAAAAAGUGUAAUCGUCAAUUUUAAUUUAUUGAAACAAAUAAUCCCUUUAUUAUUAGUAUAUACUUAUACACUUUAAACAAUUCCACAGAAAAUUUGAAAUUAAUAUCUUAAGAAUAUUAUUUGUUGGGAAAUUGAACAAAAAAUAUUUAGACAUAAUUAAUUAAUUAUUAAAAUUAAGUAACGAGUCAGCAUAUUUUAUAUACUUUUAAUAGGAAAAUAAUUAGGAUUUUAAAAAUUUUUUUUGCGGGAUAUUAACACAAACUAACUUAUAUUUUGUGGUUUUAUUUAGAAGUACUCUUAUUAAGCUAUGUUCCCUGUAAAUAUUAUAUUUUUGUCUCAUUUUUUUAUAAUAAAGUUAUAGGCCUUUAAAUUUAAAAAAGAAAAGCAAAAUGAGGGUCACGAAAUGUGGAGGAAAUUCCCAUAGUGAUACUAUCAUAGUGAAAAAGUGCCUUUUGAGGUCUCCACUAAAAAAUUCAUAACUUUUGAACCACUUGAGCUAGAAAGUUGAUCUUGGUGUUUUUGUAAUCUAUUCACCAGGCUCUACACAGCUGUAUUAUUUUUAUAUUUUUAAAAACGUUUUGAAAUUUUCAUCAAAGUGCCUAUCAAGGGUACUAAGGAAGAACAGUUUUUAAUUAAAAACAAAAGUAAUGUAUUAUAUUGUACUCCGGACAUGAUGUAUUUUUUAUUACGGUAAUCCCUUAUUUUAAAUCCAAAUUAUUAUUUCUAGAAAAAUAAAUUUAAAAAUUCAUUUUUACCUCGUGGAACUGCAUUUAAAGUAUUUUAAAAGUAAAAUCCCAUCUUUUUGUUGGAAUGCAACAACAAUUUAAAAAAUUUUAAGAGAUCAAAUAAAGUACAUUUUCGUGAAUCUUUUGUCUUUCACGGCGCCAUUGGGGUAAAUCUAGGAGAACUCUUCUGUCUUCUAAGAUACGUUAUAAAAGUUGCCCAAUUGGAUUUAUCUAGCUUAAAAUAAAAAGUUGUAUUAUUUUAUUACUUUAUAUUAUAAUGUCUAGUUGUCUGAUAUUUCUUUCUAAACCAGUGGUGGGUUUAGACAAGUUUAAAUUUAAAUAUUUAAGUAUCUCAUGCUCUAGGCAUCUUGGAUAUCUGUAUGGCCAUCCGUGCAAGGCAGAGUAGACUUUGUAAAUAAUUUAACAAGUAUUUACAAAGUCUGUCAAUCCCUUAAAACAAGUAAAAUUUUCACUUAAAAACCACUAAAAAUACAUGACAAACUAACAAAUACAUGUUAUAGUAGCCACUGAAGUGUUUUAAUGUAGUUUCAUGAAGUAAAUAUGAAUUUUUUAUUUUAUUUCUCUAGAAAUCUGUUUAGGUCCGCCUAUGACCUGUGAUGCACCCUCCUUGCCCUGCCUCAUUUUCUGUCUUGGGUUGAUCCUGUAGAAUAGGCCAAAACGUGCCAAAGUGUACGCGUUUUUAUAGCCAUUUUAAUGUUUAAGCUACUGUUUCUAUAGUCAUUUUUAUUGUUGUUACUAUUCUAGUGUCUCUGUUUUUUUCCUUUUUAUUUUACUAUAGCAGUUUAAAUAGUUUACAUAUUUUUAUUAAUUGUAAAGCGCUUAGAGCUGUAAGGUAAGCGCUAUAAAAAAAUGCCUAAAUAAAUAAAUAAAUAAUAAAUUGCGCUAAAAUAAGGGAUUACCAUUUAUUAUUAUUAAAAGUUAAUUUAGGUAAAUUUAUGCAAUCCGCAUCUGACCUUUCCCUUAGCCGCCAUCUUGGUUGCCAUGACCCUUGAUGGAUCAUUGCAACCAAGGUGGCGGCCUUGUAAAAAAGAUAUACAUCUGCUAAAUGGGGAUGGGAAAGGGAGAGAUUGUGCUGGUUUAGCUAUUUACUGAGAAACAAAAAUAGUAACCAAAUGUUAACAUAUAAUGUAAUAAUUUCAGCCGUUACAUAAAUUUCAUGGCGAGCAAAGCUAGUUUAUCCCUCUAUAUACGCGGCAAGAAGCAUCAACCACCUGUGGUUGCCCCCCUUUCCUCCUGUAAUUUCAGCUGGUACAUGCUCCUUUUCCUCAACUAAAACAUGUGUGUGGCUACAGUUACAAAUGAAGAAAAUCAAUACAAAAUAGUUUUAAAAUAAUGAAAACCCAACUUACAGUUUCAUAGAAUACACUUUUACACACUUGAUUUCAGGUUCCACUAUAAAGAAAAUCCAAAAGUUGCCAGAAAUCAAAUCAAUUCAAAAGAUCCAAUACUAAACCCAUUUUCCAAAAUAACGGAGAAUUUAAAUAUUAUAAUUAACCAACCAAUUAUAAUUUUUAACAUUCCAACUCAUUGUAUUAAGGAAAAGUUAACUCUAGUAACAACACAAGAAUAAACAAAAGGGAGAGAAUCCUACACAUGUCAUCGCUUGUAUUGCUUAAAUUCACCUUAAUUUAAUUACUUUAAUUAAGUUUAGGCCCAUGUUGGGUAGAGUUGGAAACGCAUAAGUCAUUAUAAGAAUAAUUAUAAUGCUAUACAGUAGGGACUUCGGUAUCGCCAGGAAACACCUGAAAAUUGGGUACCGUAAUUUCGUUGUCAUUAUGGCAUCUCCACUUUAAUUUAUGGAGGGUAUUGUUGUUUUCCAUUUACAGUCCAUAUUUAGCAUAAUAAUAAAUUCUACAUCCGCCAAUUACUUCAAGCCGACAUCUUGCUUGUUCUAUUGAGAAUUUAUUUGAUUUUUUUUUUUCAAAGUUAAAGCUUUGAAAAUUGAAGUAAAAAAUAUGUUAACUUACUGAUCAAUAACUUUUUUUUUUGAAGUGUUCAAUUAUUUAAAAAAAUGCUAAUUAAAUUUAUAAUGUCAUUUAUAAGAUAUGCAAAAUUCAUGAGUGUACACCAGGCCUGCACAACAUACGGCCAGUGGGCUGCAUGUGCCAUUUGGUUGCCCGGGAAGUAACGAUAUAUUCUUUAUUAUUAUUAUUUUCUUAAUAGCUUUCGCCCCUGGCCUAUUAUCUUUCGGCCCGGAUCAGUUUUUCAUAAAGCAUUAUGGCCCGCACAAGUUUUUUAUAAAGUAUUACAGCCCACCUUACAUUUUGAGUUGUGCAGGCCUGGUGUAAACCAUAGGCAGGCGUCAAAAACGAGGUAACUUUUUUUAGGCUAUGUAAUUUGUCAUCAUGGCCACCAUGCUUGUCUGCAUAUUACCUAUUAUCAAUAGUGGCUGUGGGUUGGUUAAUAAUUUUGGGUUUGUUUGCUAUGGACAUGGGAUUGUUAACCACUUGACCACUUGUCUUUGACUUAGAUAGGCCUAGUAAAAGUAUUAUAGUAGUAAUAAUACUAUUAUUAUUAAAAUUGAUUUGGGUGGGGGGUAAAUAGCCUUUAUUACAACUAAUAUAUUUAUAAAUAUACAUAAAGAUAGAUAAAUGUAACAAAUAUUCACUUACCUUUGAUAUUGAAUUAUCCUAUAGUUAAUCACAUUUCACAAUAUUCCACAAUAAAAUUAUUAUAUGAUCCUCAGUAUUCUUAAAGAAAUAACACACUUUCUGCCACAAUAAUCCAAGAAUUACUUACUUACCAUAUUACUAAAGAACAAUCAUAAUAACUGGUACUUACCUCAAGCAAAUGUCUAGAACUCAUUUAAUUUCAAUCAAAUUCCAAAGUUGAUUCUAACAAUACAUGUUGGCAGUGGCGUAGCUAGGGGGGGUGCGGACCGCACCGGGUGACACAAUCUCCGGGGGUGACACCACAUUGAAAAAUUGCGUCUUUACGGAUCACACACUGAAAUUCAUACCAACCACACAUUUUCCACCCAUGCAACCAAUCAAAAGCCAUGAUUUAUUAAAAGUUCAAGGUUGCAAUUAGGUUACCUUAUUAUUAGGUUAGAAACGCACUGUUUUGACCAUGAUUCUAUGCCGAAUGAAAUGUUUGGUAACUUUUGUAAGUUAAAGGAGCUUUAUUUAUCUAAACUCUGAGAAAUAAAGCUAUCCUUUGAUAAAAACAGGCGAUUCCAAGUACAUGUCACAGUUCUUAAAUACAUUUAACGUCUGACUUUCAAUUAUUUUUGUUUUGUUUUUUCUAGUGGAUUUAUUUAACAAGAAGAAAUGCAUCAAGGAAGUCGGGGGGGGAUUACAAGUUUACUGCACCGGGUGACACCAACCCUAGCUAUGCCACUGCAUGUUGGUUUAUAAAACAAGAUUACUAACUUCAAAUAAAUGACAUACUAAACUAAUUUUUGUAUCAUGUUAAUAUGGGACUAUAUUAUAUAUAAUGUAUAAAAUGGUAAAAUAAAAAGUAUAAUUGUCAAUUUUAACUAAAUGAAUCAAUUAAUCCAUGUAUUAUAUUUGUAUACUUGAACAUGUUAAACAGUUCCAAAGAAAAUUUGAAAUUAAUAUCUUAAGAAUAUUAUUAUUAUUAUUAUUAUUAUUGGGAAAUUAAAAAUAUAUAAAUUAAAUAUAAAAAAAGUGAUAAAUCAGGAUAUUUUAUACAUUUUAAUAAGGAAAAUUUAUACAGAUGAAAAGAAAUUGCACAAUUUUAACAAAAAUAAACUUAUAUUUUGUGGCUUUAUUUAGAAGAACUCAUAUUUAACCAUGUUCCCUAUAAAUAUUAUAUUUUUUUCUCAUUUUAUAAUAACGUUUUAGGCUUAAAAACAAUAGCAAACUAAGGGUCAUGAAAUGUGGAGGAAAACUCCAUAGUGCAAAAGUGGUUAUGAGGUCCUUACUAGAUAAUUCAUAACUUUUGAACCGUUUGAGCAAGAAAGUUUAUCUUAGUGUUUUUUGUAAACCAUUCUGUAGGCUUUAUACAGCUGCAGUUUUUAUGUUUUAAAAAUAAUUUUUUAUUUUCUUCGAAGUACCUACUAUACAGGAUGUUACUAAUGUUAGAGAGAAGUUUGUCUGCUCUAUCACUAUCAUCUACGUGUAUAAUUACUGCUCAUUUAGUAUUUUACACUAAUGAAUAUCUCACCUUAGCCCUAGUAGUAACCAUAGUAGUAACCAUAAUAAACCAAUAAUCAUAUCCUAUUCAUUACUGCUAUAGCUAAUGUUCAUGGCGGUUAUGGCAGAGCAUUUAAUACAUUUAUAAAUUAAAAGUAAGUGUACCUUACCAAUAGUGACCUAACAGUUAACUGUUGACUGCGUCUCUGGAACUAAUUCAAUUUAGCUCUUGCCACCAAGCAAUAUUCAUUAAUGAAAUAAAAUGUAAAAUAUAGAACAAGUUCAAACCAAGCUAUUGUCAUUAUUCAGAUUUGGAGGAGUUCACUUAUUUCAUUCAAAGCUUUUAUAGAAGUUUUUUUUGUAAGUACAAAAAACCAGGUGAUUUAAUUUAUUUAAAAAUGUUACUAUUUGUCAAAUUGUCGUUAUAAAUUAUUGAAUCCACUAACAGAAACUCAUUAGGAGAUAUAAUUAAAAACCAGAAUAAAUUUGAAUUAAGGCAAAUAUCAAAACACUUUAAAAUAAAAUUAUACUUAAUUCAAAUGACAUCAAUCUAUUUUAUCCUAAAAAAUUGCAAACUAAAAUUCAUUUAGUGACAGUGUCUUAUAUAAUUUUGGCAGUUCUAAAUUUAGAUAUUAGCAUUAAACCAUUUCAACUUUAGUGUUCUUUUUUUCCCCCAUAUCAGAUAUUAAAGAGAGCUUUUUAAAUGAGUUCACACAGUAAAACUUCAGGUGCUGUCUUUGCAACUGAUGACUCACCAACUGAAAGAACAAGCCUAAUGAGUAGCUUUGUUAAUGAAGCUGCUAGAGAUGGUGGUUCCACUUCUGUCUUUGGCCCGGUUCCAUCAUCCCCGAAUACUAAUAGGAUAACAACAAUAGAAGAUGGGUCUGCAACACCAGCUAUACCAGAGGUACAACUUUAUUUUAAAAGCCAGUUUUCAAUUAUUUUUAUUUUUGUGUUGAACUAAAGUUACAUUUGUAAGUAAUGCAGAAGAAACAUAAUUUCAUUUGAUUUCUGUUUCUUUGUUGUUAAAUUGAAUCAUUGUCCAUGGCACUAUAUGUCAAGUCAUGAUUAAAUACAACAUUGACGUUUAAAGAUCUAAUAUAUUCUGUUAUUUUCACAAAUGUAGCAAAAAGUUAAUAAGGGUCAUAGUAAAAAUAAAAUAUGGAAAUCAGCUCUAUCUUAUUAUGAGAUACAUAGAUUUUUUAAAUUGUAUACAUUAAUAAGAUAAUUAAUUUGAAAGAAGAUGUAGUAUAUUAACUAAAUGCUGCUCUUACUUGUUUCUUUGUUGUUAAAUUGAAUCAUUGUCCAUGGCACUAUAUGUCAAGUCAUGAUUAAAUACAACAUUGACGUUUAAAGAUCUAAUAUAUUCUGUUAUUUUCACAAAUGUAGCAAAAAGUUAAUAAGGGUCAUAGUAAAAAUAAAAUAUGGAAAUCAGCUCUAUCUUAUUAUGAGAUACAUAGAUUUUUUAAAUUGUAUACAUUAAUAAGAUAAUUAAUUUGAAAGAAGAUGUAGUAUAUUAACUAAAUGCUGCUCUUACUAUGAUCAUAUUUAUUAUCUUCUGUAGAUUUUUUUGAUUUUGAUGUUUCGUAUGUUGCUAUGUGUCCUGUAUGUGUGGAGACAAUGGAGUGUAUACGAUCCAUAUAAGUUAUGUAAAGUAAUAGUGUGGAGUGAAUUAUUUUUAGUACCUUUAAGGAAUUAUGAAUUGAUUCAGUUCUGUGAUCAUAGUAUUUUUCAAAAACCAAAUUUUUAAUUGUAUUUAAUAAAAAUUAUAACACUGUCUCACUUUACUUUGUUGAAGAGUGAUUGAAAGUCACAAGUAUAUUUUUCUCUUUCUGUACCUUGGUGACUUUCAGAAUUUUUCAAUUACAAAUAUCACCACUGUUUUUUUUUUACAAAUAUCAUUUAAAUAGCAUUGAAAUUUGAAACCUUUUUUUUAUUGAUUUUGAAAUAAACUCUUAAAAAAUAAAAUGAUUUUAUUUGCUUUAUUCAGACAAGUGUGAUAAUUCCAAAUGCUAACAACACUGGACAGGUUUCUGGGGCACCCAGGGACUCUCACAGAAGAAGACGAAGAAACCCUUCACAGCGAUCAGCACAUCAACAGCAAGAAGAGGAAGAAGAUGAAGAAACGCUCCUAUAUGGGGCCAAGCAUGUUAUUAUGCUCUUUGUCCCAGUAACCUUGUGCAUGGCUGUUGUGGUUGCUACAAUCUCCACUGUAAAUUAUUAUACAGACACUGGUACAUACUUGUAAGUUCAAUAUUACUAACAAUUGCUUUUAAUGUAUAUAGUUCAUGGUGCAACAAGUAUUCAAUGUUUCAGAAAAUGGGUUUUUUAAAAAUUGAUUAACAGUUAAAUUAAUUUAUCUUACUUAAAAAACAGGAAUCCUUUUUUUGUUUUUAUAGUUUUAAAUAUCUUUUAACUUUGAGGCAGUUAUUGUUUAUGUAUUGAUAUCAUUCUUUCAUAUGUUCAGGAUUUACACUCCAUUCCAUGAUAAAACUGACAAUACUGGAACCAAAAUCUGGCAGUCAUUGGCAAACUCCCUCAUCAUGUUGGGUGGCAUUGUGGUCAUGACAAUUGUGCUACUACUUUUAUACAAAUACAAGUGUUACAAGGUUGGUAAACUCAAAAAAUGUUUUUCAUCGUUUAUAUAUAUAGAAGUAAUAAUAUCUUCCAGUGAGUUGUCAGUAAAACCUUGGAUAAUUAAUUAUUCUCAGGUACCUUUCUUAGUGUAAACUUUUUGUAAAUGUUAAGCAUCAAGUUCUUAACUGAGGCACUUCCUUUCAGUACCAAGGCAGUUUUGGGGAGGGUAUAAGAAAUAAGGGUGUGUUUAAAAAAAAUGAUUCUCUUGUUAAUGAAUUUUUAUUUAAAUAGUUUUACCAAAGAUGAAGAGUAGAUCAGUGUUUACCAUAAUGUUCAUCGUUGUGUGCUAGAAGUGUCAUCCAUAAUUAUCUUUAAUAUAGAAUAUAUAAGGAGCUUUGAUACGUUCACCAACAUGUAUCUUUGUAAUCAUGAAAAUUGUUGCCUUUAAAAAUCGGUUCCUUGGAAAUUUAUUAUUUCCAUCUGAUCUGAAGGAAUCAUUACUGGAAUUGUCCAACAAAUGUAUUUUACCUGCUUCUAUAUUGAGCUAUAAAGAGUCUGUGAUUCUGAAUAUAUAAUGUUAAUUAAAAUCUUUGAUAAGUAAAUGAAUUUUUAUGUGUAUGCACUAAUUAUAAGUUAAUUGUAACUAUUAGUGAAACAUUUAACUUCUUAUCAUCUAUACAUAAAAAUUUCAGAUAUACACAAUUGUCUAAGAGAUAUUUCUGUUAGCAAUUUGUAUGGUUUAUGACCCUUUUAUUCCCAUUUUAGGGAGGGAAAAAAAAAUUAUGGCUUUAUUAGUGUUGAUUUAAAUGUAAUAAGGUGAAAAAAUUGGUGUAAUAAAAAAUCCAGGAUAAUGAAGGACCCCGUUCAUGCCAUGUUCUGUUAAUAAAUAAUGGAACAAGAUAUGUUUAGGUUGAAAAGAUAAGAAAGGACAAUUAAAAGGACAUUUCGGCUAAACGCCUUCUUCAGCAGACAAGAAAAAAAAAGAAACUUAUGUGUUUGAAGAUCUCAAUAUAGCUCUUUUUUUUUAGAACCAAAAGCAAAAAAUCCAGGCCCUUGUUUUUACACCUAUUGUGUAUUUAUGUGUCUUUACGCCAAUAUAGUUAAAUGAUGCCUUUUAACAUUGAUUGUUCACCUUCUAGAUAUAUUAUAUCUGUGACAAAAUCACUAUUGUGAUGGUAGGAAAUUAUAAAGCACAUAUGAAAUACACCAAUGAUGUCAUCUGAGCAUAUUGAUGAGCACUAUAGUCACAGUUGAUAUAUAUUUAUAUAGUAGUAAGGAAUUUGAAUCCAAUAUUUCCAUGUGUUAAUUCAGAAAUGAAAAGGUUGAUAAAUUAAUUUUUACUUUGCAGAUCAUCCAUGGAUGGCUUGUACUGUCUUCAGUCAUGCUGCUGUUUUUCUUCUCGUAUAUAUACAUGGAGUGAGCAUUGCUUUAAAAAAUUAAAUUAAAAAAACCCACAUAAUUUCCUUCCAUAUGGAGAAAAGAAAAUAUAAAAUUUAGUAAAAAGUUCUUUUUGUAAUUAAGUAAAUUAAUAAUAAAGCACAGAUUUUUUUGGUUAAAAAAUAAAUGUAAAAUUAUAUGAAAUUAAUAUGAUUUAUACUGUAGGAAUUUUACAAAAUUUUAAUAUUAAUUGUUAUGUUUUUCUCAUACAGACAAAUUCUUCGUUCGUAUAACACACCUAUUGACUAUAUCACUGUGGCUAUUAUCAUGUGGAAUUUCGGAGUGGGAGGGAUGUUUUGUAUACACUGGAAGGGGCCUUUACUUUUGCAGCAAGCUUAUCUCAUUAUGGUUAGCUCACUCGUUGCUCUAAUGUUCAUAAAAUACUUGCCAGAUUGGACGGCAUGGACUGUACUUGGUGUCAUGGUAGUAUGGGGUAAGUAGAGAAUUUAGGUACUUGGUAUUAAACAUCUUUUAUUGCAAGGUCAGCUAAAUGAAUUGGUGGUUAAAAUGCUUUUUUUACCUUUCCUUUUUGGUGGGCACUUAAAUAAAUUUUUCCACACCUUCUAAAGUCUUUUAACCAUCUACAGAUCUUGUUGCUGUCUUGUGUCCUAAAGGACCAUUGCGCAUGCUUGUUGAAACUGCUCAGACAAGGAAUGAGCCUAUUUUCCCUGCGCUAAUUUAUUCCUGUGAGUAAUAUUAGAAGUUAUGUUAUCUUAACUACUUGAUUAGUUAUAUAAAUGCUUUAAUAUCUAUUUUGGAGCAGUUUUACAGCAUAAAAAAAAGAUUGGGUACAUUCACUACUGUUUUUUUUUGUUAUUUCAGGAUCUAAAUAUUUAAGUUUUGUUUAGUUUCUUUGAAUCCUUGGUUAAAGUUGGAAUUAUGACUCAAAAUAUAAAUGUUUUACCCAUUCCAAACCAUGACCAUUUCAAACAUGGUGGUGCAUUAUCACUGAUUUAGUGACAAAAUCAAAAUACAGUUCCAUCAAUUUUUGCUACAAUAGCUAUUUAAAUUGUUUUUAAUACAUUUAAUUGACCAUACAAUCAGCUGCUGAUAGAGGUGAUGCAAAGUCAAUGUACGAGAAUAUAAAGCAAGCAACAGGCCCUCUGAUCUCCAAGACUGCGCCCAUUAAUGUCCAAAUCAGGGGAAAUUAUUACUGAUCGAGAUAAACAACUUAAGCGGUGGAUAGAGCACUAGUUGGAAAUAUACGCAACGAUAAACCAUGUCUCAACCGCUGCCCUGGACGAUAUCCCAGACUUACCGGUCAAGGAGGAGCUUGAUACCCUACCCACCACAGAAGAGCUACGUAGAGCCAUCGAUUGUCUCACCAGUGGGAAAGCCCCGGGCAAUGAUGGUAUCUCACCAGAAGCUCUCAAAUGUGGAAAAGGAGCACUAUUAUGGCCCUUGCACGAUCUCCUUACUCUGUGCUGGGAACAGGGACAGCUACCACAAGAGUUGAAAGAUGCAAACAUCGUUACAUUGUACAAAAAUAAAGGAGACGAGUGACUGCAACAACUAUCGUGGAAUCUCCCUCCUCAGCAUCGCGUGUACUCCCAGAAUCGCAAUGUGGUUUUCGCGCCGGUAGGUCAACCAUAGACAUAAUCUUCUCUCUGCGCCAGCUGCAGGAGAAGUGCAGGGAGCAACAUAUGCCUUUAUACAUUGUGUUUGUCGACCUCACUAAGGCUUUUGAUCUUGUCAGCAGAAACGGCCUGUUUCAGAUCCUCAAAAAGAUAGGCUGCCCUACACGACUGCUUAACAUCAUCAAGCAGUUCCACGAAAACAUGCAAGGCACAGUGUGCUAUAACGGUGCCGCCUCAGAAGCUUUUCCAGUGAGUAGUGGAGUAAAGCAAGGUUGCGUGCUGGCUCCUACUUUAUUUGCAAUCUUUUUCUCCAUCCUACUCCAGUAUGCCUUUAAGAACAACAGCGAGGGGUUAUACAUCCACACUAGAGAUGACGGCAAAUUAUUCAACAUUGCCCACCUUAGAGCUAAGACUAAAACAAGAAAGGUCUUGCUGCGGGAGUUCUUGUUUGCGGACGAUGCCGCUUUGGUAUCUCACACAGCAGACGGCCUGCAGAGCCUCAUAUCCAGCCUAUCCGCUGCCUGCAAAGAGUUUGGCCUGACAAUUAGCCUAAAGAAAACUAACAUUAUGGCACAGGGCGCUUACUCCCUCCCCACUAUCGUCAUCGACGACUACGACUUGGACACUGUUGAUAGAUUCACAUAUCUGGGAUCCAACAUAUCAAGCACCCUCUCAAUGGAGGAUGAGAUAAGUGGAAGGAUAGGGAAGGCGCAACUGUUAUGGCCAGCCUGAAGAAAAGAGUCUGGUCAAACGCCAAACUCACAACAAGAACUAAGCUGCAGGUGUACCAGGCCUGCGUACUGAGCACACUCCUGUAUGGAUGCGAGUCGUGGACCACAUACUCUAACCACGAAAGAAGGCUCAAUGGCUUCCACCUCAGAUGCCUGCGCCACAUCCUUGACAUUAAAUGGCAAGACAAAGUCCCCAACACGGAUGUCCUGUCCCAAACAAACAUGUGUAGCGUCCCAGCCAUGUUAAUCCAAAGACUCCUCCGCUGGCUUGGACACGUCAAGCGAAUGCAUCUGGUCGCAUACCAAAGGACGUGCUAUACAGCGAGCUGGCGACAGGGAAAAGGUCAGUUGGGCAGCCUCGUCUUAGAUACUUAGACAUAUGCAAAAGAGACAUGAAGUCUGCCAACAUCGACAUCUCAAACUGGGAGGAGCUGGCAGAGGAUCGAUCCUGUUGGCGGGGCAUCGUGAAGGCAGGAUCACUACAUGCCGAGGAGCAAAACAGGGCGGAAACAGCUGCAAAAAGAGCGAGGAGGAAGGCCGGUAAAUACUGCUCCACCGCAUUCGUGUUUGGGAAAUGUAACAGAGACUGCCAUUCGAGGAUUGGUCUCACCAGCCACACCAAGAGCUGCAAGCAAUAAAGAUAAUCUAUCGUCUCCCGCAGACGGAAAGAUGCCAUACAAAUUGACCAUAAGUUUAGUCUUUGACAGGAAAAUUGAAAAAUUCCAUGGGGAUACUUUUGACUGUCCCAGUUUAUUUUGUGUUUAAUUAUUACCCUAACACUAAACUACUCAAAAAGCAAAAUCAAGGUUCAAGAAGAAUAUUCAAGGGAAUUUCAGAUUAGUCGAGGCCUAAGACAGGGAAACUCACGGUCUUGUAUGCUUUUUAACAUAACAUUAGAGAAAGUUAUGAGAAACAAACACUCAGACAGUCGAGGAACAAUAAUAGGAUACUUUCUGAGGGUAACCCAAGACCCGAAACAAAUGGGCACACUCUACAAUCAACCACUUCAGUAUCUUGCGUAUGCUGAUGACAUAGCACUGCGAGGGAAAAGUAUUAAAGACAUAUCAAAAUCCUUUAUUGAAUUAGAAGACGCAUCACUACAAGCAGGGCUGGAGGUUAACAACCAAAAAAAACUAAAUACGUGAUCAUGAUAAGAGAAGAACAAACAGAUGAAGCAAUUAAAAUUAGAAACCAGACUAUUGAAAAAGUAAAUCAAUUCAAAUAUCUAGGAUCUUUAUUAAAUGAAAGAAACGAAUUACUAACAGAAAUAAAAGAAGGAAUAUCAGCCGCAAACAGGGCAUACUUUAGCAGUCAGAAAAUACUCAAAAGUAAAAACAUUACAAGAGAAACAAAGAAAACUAUUUAUAAAACUGUAAUCAGACCAGUUGUAACAUAAUAUGUAAGUGAAACUUGGACCCUAACAAAAAAAGCAGAAAACCUAUUAAACACAUGGGAGAGGAAAGUUCUCAGGAAAAUAUAUGGACCAUCAAAGGAUGAAUAUGGAUGGAGAAUACGAACCAAUCAUGAAUUGUACAGUCUAUAUCAGGAUCCCAGGAUAGUUGCAGAAAUAAAAAGGGGCAGGCUUCGCUGGGCAGGACACUUAGAGAGAAGGCCAAAUGACAGAGGAGUGAAGGUGCAUCACCAAUACUCAAGAGGGAAAAGACUCAAAGGCAGACCUAGGACUAGAUGGGUGGAUGAUGUGGAAAAAGAUCUACAACGGAAAAUCCAAGCAUGGAAAAGAAAAGCAUUAGUUAGGUCUGAGUGGAGGGAAGUAGUAAGGCAGGCGGAAGCCCUACAUGGUCUGUAGCACCACAGGGAUGGAUUAAGACAUUUAAUUGACCAUAAGUUAAACCUUUUACAGGAAAAUUGAAAAAUGUCCAUGGGGAUACUUUUGAUUGUCCCCGUUUAUUUUGUGUUUAAUUAUUCUUGUGUCAUUAAUGAGCAUUUUGGAGUUUCUAUUGAAUACACUUUGUAUAUUUGUUUUUUAUUAAGCUACCAUGGUUUGGCUAAUAACCAUGGCCGACGAUGAAAGUUCAUCAAAAAAAGGAAAAAGAGGAACAUCUCAGGGCACUGGUAUGUAAAUUUCACAUAGAAAACCAAUUAGUGCUUUUUUUUCUUAUUUCACAGUUUUAAGGUCGGGUAGAAAUUUGCACAUAUAUUCUUCAUAUUUAUAAUUUUUAAAUUGUAAAGCAUUUUAUUGUUAUAAAUUAAAUAAAGAUCAAAAUAAGUCAUUCAAAUGUUCUAUUUAGUAACACAACCAUUUGAACUAUGGAGCUGAGUUUUUUGGCUUUUUAAAUAUAGUGUAAUAUAGAGUGGAUCCUUUUGAUUUGAGCCCUGAAUUCAUUAGAGCAGUCAUUGGCCGAGGACAUUUUAAUUAAACAAAAGAGCUUAUAACUACAAUGAGCCGCUGGGAGCGGCUCAGCGUUCCUUUGGGUAUGGUCAUGAGCCGCUGGUAGGGCCAAUUAAUGUCAUUCCGUACCCCUUUUGGUUGGAGAUUUUAAUAUACAGACAGGUUGUUUAUUUUCAAAUCACAUGCUAUUGGCAGAAGGUUUUAAAAAAAUGAGCUGUUAAUUAAUUUUGUUUUAAUUCCCAAGCUAGUCACAAAAUUGUACAACUUGUUUACUGUGGCAACAAGUGACAGGGUUACUAAAUGCAUAUAAGUAAUUGGAAGUGUAAAUAUUAUUCAGUUUCUGUGUUCUUUUGUGCAUUUUUCUUAUUAUUGGAUAUACUAUUUGGAAACCACCAAAUAAAAGGCUUACUUUAAAUGUUUUGGAAAUUUAAAAUUGAUGGGUCAGUUGGCAAAUUUAUAUAUUUUUUUAAUGUUUUUAUUUUGUAAUUACUAACUUAACAAUUCAUAAUUUCCUACCAAAACUUAAAUUUACAAAUUGUUUUACGUUUAUCUUAUAAACAAUUCAUUUACCUAUACAAUGGUUUAUUACUCAUUAGAAUAUGUUAAUAAUUGAGAAUACGCAGCUGAAUUUGUAAAUACACCUGCAAUGAGAAAAUGUGACGUAAAUUUAAUUCGGCCACAGCCUGUUUUCCAAUCUGGUAGUUAAUCAGUGAAUUGUCAUAAUCACUUGACUUGUUAACGUGUGUAAAUCUGGGUUCAAAAUUACUCUUGAAAUUUCUUUGAAAUCCACUUCUGCUCUCCCACUUUUACUCUCUAUCAUGGCUACACACUUGUAAGGAAUUAACUAAGAAGAAAGGGUGACAAUUGCUCUAUGUGGAUAUCCAUAGCAUGAACUGGUACAAAGCUUUAGGUCUAAAUCUAAACACAUGAAGAAAAUUUCAUGCCAGAACCGCAGGACAUUGAUCAGUAAAGAAUCUAAAUUUUGCGUGGGUUAUAUACCAGAGGGUCCAUCCUAAAAACUUGCCACUAUAACAUCUCCUAAUUGCCAUCAUCCCCAUAGAUUGUAAUUAAAGUCUACAACAAAUGUUCUCCCCUUGGCAAAUCCAUACGAGUCAAGGACAUAAUAUACCCCAUAUUAUACAUAAUAUGACGUGACCAUGCCCUCGGGGAAACACUAUUCCUAUAAUACCCAUUUUCCAAUGAUCUGUAGACCUGUUCAGUACUCAUCCACAGUGGUCACAAUCAUCCUGUGACACUGACAAUAGUCUAUAAUGUUUCAAUGAUACUCAUUGUUUUGAGACAAUCAUCACUGAACAAACUGCAUCAACAAAUGAACGUGACAUUGAAGAGAAGGCCAUCUUGGUCAUAUGCUAAUUACUAACCUGUUUGCCCAGAUAUUGUUUGCUAAACUGGUAUGCUGUUUUUGAAAGAAGCAUAUUUUAAUUUUUUUCUAACUCUGAUUUCGGACUUUGUUAAUAAAGAUAAAAUGGUAGAAGUCAUUUGAUAAUCUUCUCCAAGAACAUAAGAACUUGAGUAAAAUAAAAUAUAAAUUUUUUUCUAAUUUGUAUUUUUUGUUAAAUUAAUUUCACUCAUCACAAAAACCUAAUUAUGCUUUAUUUUUAUUACUAUUUAAAUGGAAUUUGAGUAAAUCAGACGCUCAGGUCUUGAUGUAAAUAAAAUAAAAUGAGUCCACUGUAAUUAUGUCAGUUGAAUAGGGUGUUAUGUACUAUUGCUUUUUGUGUGCCAUAGAAAAUUCUGAAGCAAUGACAUGACAAGUAGCAAUUUUAACACAAUAUUUAUGUUUGUUAUUACAAAAAAAUCUUCUAUAAUUCUAACAGGGGUUUCUGGAACCUCUGGUGGUGCACGUGGAGCCUCUGAAAUUCAUGAAAGUGAUGAUGAGGGGGGCUUCAGAGAGCAUCUGUCUAAUGGAACAAACAGGGCCAAUGAGCUAACGGCUAGUUCAGAUUCACAAACAGCCCGUAGAGCUGUACAGGCAUUAGGAGAAAUGAGUCAUGGUAAUUUUAGGAAUCAUUCUGUUACUAUAUACAUUGUAGCCUAUUUUGGUGGAGUUCAAGUUGGCUCCUUUGGAUGAUGUUUAAUAUGCUCUUGGGACAUGUACAUCACUAUUGGUAUAAACAAAAAUGGUGGUUCUCAUAAUAGUUUUUCAACUUAAAUUUUUUUUAAAAUUUGGUAUGCUUAAAACACAAUACUAUUUAUUUGUAUUCAUAUCUUAUCUUUUUAUAAGAAGUUGACCUUAAUAUUAUUUUGCAUAAAAGAGAUAUUCUAUCUGUAAAUUCAUAUGCCAAAUUGUUAUCAAUGGAAUAUAUUAUUUAAUGAUCUACAGGUCAAAUAGAUACACUUUACUUCGUAUAAUUGAUGUAUAUUGUAACUUUGAAAGUAUGUGAAUCAAAUAUCAUUGAACUGUUUAUUCUGUUUUACAGCAGCAGGAAAUCCUAAUCCCCACAGGCACAUUGCAGGGAGCAGCUCAGACCCAGUUCAAAAUCCGACAGAAACAUCUGCUGUUGUCCCUAAAAAGAAAAAGACACCAAAACCCAGGCAACGAGCAGCUGCACCUCAAGAAAAUAGUGCAGAAGAGGAUGAAGAGAGUGAGUACUUACGCCAUGUAAUUUAUACUGGUCAUUAGGCUAUUUCUGCUUUACAAAAUCUACUUCUACUACAUCACACAAUGUCUGGACCACAACGUUGCAAAACUUAAUGAUUUGAUUUUUUUAAUGCAGUCAUAUGUACCGGAUAUUGCUACCUGUUAUAAAUAAUUAGUUAAUAACUUAGAUUGAUGCUGAAGUUUUUUAAAAUAUGUAUAUAUACACACAUAUAUAUAUUUGCUUAAUGUAAAUUUAAGGCAAGACUAAAUUUUCCAUAUUAUUGAUACAACAAAGCUACAAAGUGAAAUAAUUGUCUGUCCUUUAAUUAAUGCAUCAGCCGACAAUUACAGACCUGUUUAUUCUAACAAUUUUGGCUCACAAUGUUUGAUUUUGAGAUGUCUCUUACGAUUGAACACCAAGACCUGUCAGAACUAUGUUUUUAAGAGAUCGGGUUGAAAAUAUAUACAUUCCGGUUUUACCUUGCAUUUGCAUUCUACAUCCAGCACUGAAUGGACUGAGAAAUAUGAUUGGUUAGGGACAAUCUAUAAUUAUAUUAGAGGGGAAUGGAGUGGUGUUGAUUUAUGAGAUUUAGUGUCUAAAUAUUUUAGGCUAUAAAUUUAACGAAUGGGGAGGGGGGGGGUGGUCUCAGCAGAAAGUACAUACAUUAUUAAAACUAGCAUAUAUAUAAAUAUCUCAAAUGCUGCAAAAAUGUAACACAAUGUUUUGAAGGAAUUAUUGUCACAAUGCCCAAAACGACUUUACGAUUUUUUUUUUAGAAUGCACAAAAAUGUUUUAUGAUUUUCAAUAACCCCUCUUCCUUACACCAAUACACAGCUUGUGGUAGUUAUCAGACUGUAGUAUGUUAAUGGGAAUAGCCAUAAUGGACAUUGAUUCCUAUUUUAAUAAAUUUUAUUUUAGCUGAUCUGACUUCGAGUUUGAACUACGUUAAAUUACACCAGUAUUUAUUUUCUACCAUUGACAGACUGUGAUAAUGUAAUCUGCACAUUCACCUAAAUAUUAUUUGAUAUCUAUAGCAGAUACAUGUCUUUAAAACAAAGCGACCGCAGAUAGCAACAUAAAUGUCUGUCAUCUACUUUUAGAAGUUACCUUUUUUGAGUAGACGCGCGAUGCGAUUAGUUAUUGUAUACAUUAUUAUAAAUUAUAUAUGCUGUAUUUUUAUUUUUUUUAAAUACUAUUAAGAUACUGUAUUUAUGGCUAGAAAGACUUUGAUAUUGUAUGCUUGUAAUUAGUUUUUGUAGUGUUGUGUUUGUUUUAAAUGUGGUGAAUUAUAGAUAUGUUUUUUGUUGACUUUGUACCGCGCUUCGAGACUUUGGGGAUGAAGCGUGUUUUUUUAAAUGAACUUUAUUAUUAUUAUUAUUAUUGUACGAUUUUGAGACAAUAUUGUAAGAUUUCAGAAGUUCGAGAGAAAACAUAUCUGUAAUUAUUAUUUAUUCCCCAAAUUACUAACUCAUCAUUUUAUUUUAUUUGCAGGAGGUGUUAAAUUGGGCUUGGGAGAUUUCAUCUUCUAUGGUGUACUAGUUGGAAAAGCUUCAUCCAAAGGUGACUGGAACACAACCUUGGCCUGCUUUGUUGCAAUUCUAAUCGUAAGUCAUCUUCCGGACUUUCAGUUUCUCCCCUUUUCAUUUCAAUAUAAAUAUGGUUGAUUUCAUUCUUUUUGUCCUUACACGAUGAAGGCAUACAAUCACAGUUUCUAUGUUUAAACUGUUACUAAUGCAGGGUCCUCUUUUAAGAGACCAUGGAUUGGUCAAUCAGAUUGACUAUUGUUGUAAUCGUAGCACCUGGCACACACAAACACACACACGUGUAUAUAUAUAUAUACACAUACACACACACAUGUAUAUAUAUAUAUAUAUACACAUACACACAUACCUGUCAUAAAAAAAAAAUCAGCUUGGUUUAAGAGGCAAUUCAAUUAAUUAAAAAUGUAUGCUGUUAUUCAAUACCCAAAUUGUGUAACAAUGUGCAUUUCUUUCUUUUUCAGGGUCUGUGUUGCACUUUGCUGUUAUUGGCCAUAUUCAGAAAGGCUCUACCAGCUCUACCAAUUUCUCUCACUUUUGGCCUGGUUUUUAAUUUUGCUACGAGUGCGCUUGUACGUCCAUUUAUGGACAGUUUAGCCAGUGAGCAAGUGUAUAUUUAACUUUUAAUGGAUCUGAUAUCUAAACCUUAUGAAAUUCCAAAUUCAAAUUGUAAUUUCCAAAUAAAUCUCUUACUAUGAUUAUUAGCACAAGAAUUUUACUGUCUCAUUUAGCAAAUACAAGUUUGCUCUUGCUUCUGUCACAAAACAUUAACGCUUGAAAAAAAAAACAACUUAAGAUUAUUAUUUAUUUUUCUUUGAAGAUGAUUUUGUUUUUUUUAGGCUUUUUUCAUUGUUAUGCAUGGAGUCCAAUGCAAUCACUUGAAUAAACGUUUUCAAUUCUUUUUAAUAUAUGAAGAUAAUAUGUCAGCAGUUCAAAAUUUAUUUUUUCAGAGGAACCACUUAAAAAAUUAGUCAUUCAAAAUUAAUUUUGGGGAGAAACACCCCC